AUGGGAGCAUAUCUUGACAAACCGAUAACAGAGAAGGAAUCGGAAAGCGGUCAAGGGAACGGUUUGACGUAUGGCGCCACGUGCAUGCAGGGGUGGAGAGUGAAACAAGAGGAUGCACAUAACUGCAUACUUGAUUUAAAUGCCGAGUGGAGCAUGUUUGCCGUAUACGAUGGUCACGGCGGUGAUGAGGUAUCCAGAUAUACAGCGAUGAAGUUACCAGAGUUCCUUAAAGAAAGAGAGUUCUGGGCAAACGACGAUUUGGUCACAACUCUGCAGCAAAUAUUUAUUGAUUUUGAUGAUGUCCUAAGGUCAGAGGAAGUUAUGAAAGAGUUAAAGAAAAUGGCCAAGGAAAGUGAAGAUACACCAGAUCGUGACGAUGACGGUGAUAACAGCGAAGAUGAAAGCGACCGAAUUCAGACUAUUGAAGAGAGCUCAAUGCCACUAGAAGAAAUAUUGACUAGAUUUUAUAGGCAAGGAUACAUAAUUGGAAGGAAUCCAGUUAAAAAUAAAGUUUCACUUGAGGAAUUGAAUGCAGAGCAGGAAAGUGGUGACGAUAAAUGUUCAAAAGGCAAGCGUCAAAGUAGGUCACCAACGCAAGAGCCCGCUAAGCGAGCGAAGACUGAAGGAAAUGGGAGUUUAUUGAGUAUGCUGAUCACAGAUGGUGAAAACGGUGAUGGAGAUAAGGCCAACACUGAACUAAACGCCAACGAAAGCAAGGUUUCUGAGAAUCCUGUGGAGAAAUCUUCCAACGAUUCAUCUGAUGGAUGCAAUAGUAAUAAUGUCUCUUCGAAAGCGGAAGCUGACGCUGAGGAGAAGAAGGAAGACGAAAUAGAAACAACGACGCCAGUGAUUAAGACGAAGCAAAAGAAAACGCCAGUGAACGCAGAAAAGAAAGUUGAUGCUGCCGAUGAUGGAAUUAUGGACGAUGAAGAUUCCGAGGAUGACUCAGACUUUAACGAAGCAGAAGAAGAAGCGGAAGAUGAGGAAUGUGAAGAUGAAGAAGAAUGUGAAUCUGAUGACGAUGGUGAAGAUGUUGCCAUUCCUGGGGGUUUGGAAACACCCGGAGAGGAUUCCGGCACAACUGCUUGCGUUUGCCUUAUGAGUAAAGAUAGAAUCAUCGUGGCAAAUUCUGGUGACUCCAGAGCGGUUCUGUGCAGGGAUGGCACCGCUAUUGAUUUAUCUCUGGACCAUAAGCCAGAAGAUGACGUUGAAAGGACACGUAUUGUGAAUGCGGGUGGAUUUGUGAAUGAAGACGGGCGGGUGAAUGGUGGAUUGAAUUUGUCGCGGGCGUUCGGUGAUCACAGUUACAAAAAGAAUACGGAUUUGCCUUUGCGGGAUCAAAUGAUCACCGCGCUACCCGACGUGAAAAUGGAGACACUACAGCCGAAUGAUGAGUUCCUCGUAGUGGCAUGUGAUGGAAUCUGGAACUCACUAAGCUCUCAACAAGUUGUUGAUUUCAUCCGAGAGAGAAUAAAACAAGGAAAAUCUUGUGUGGAUAUUUCUGAAGAGCUUUGUGACCACUGCUUGGCGCCGUCAACGGCCGGAGAUGGCACUGGCUGUGAUAACAUGACGGUCAUUAUAGCUACGAUUACUCACUAA